UCCAAGCAUGGCUAAUCGAAAUAUGCAACAAGUUAACAUGCAAAGCAACAAUUCUCCUCAACCGGCGAGACGCGGAACCGACUCACCGGCGGCGGAGCAGACAUCGGCGAACAAAGACAGCCCGGCCCCGCCGCCGAGGCAGUCCCCCGUUACUGAACAAAUGGAAGGAGCUGUGGAAGGAAGCGGCGAAGGCCCGACAGAAAUGACCCUAGACAUUACUAGUUUCCGAAAGCCCGGUGAAAAGACGUUCACUCAGCGCUCCCGUCUUUUUGUCGGCAGUCUCCCGCCGGAUAUUCCAGAGGAGGAGUUCAAAAACCUGUUUUCUAAAUAUGGGAACGUCAACGAGGUGUUCAUCAACAGAGAGCGGGGCUUCGGCUUCAUUCGUUUGGAAACCCGAACUGUAGCAGAGAUCGCUAAAGUCGAGCUGGAUGGGACUAUUUUGAAUAAUCGACCAAUCAGAGUCCGCUUUGCCACACACGGUUCUGCGCUCACAGUGCGCAAUCUGCUGCCUGUGGUGACAAAUGAACUGCUGGAACAGGCGUUUUCCCAGUUUGGACCAGUGGAACGGGCUAUUGCUGUGACAGAUGAUCGAGGUCGUCCCACUGGGAGAGGCAUCGUGGAGUUUGCAAGCAAAGUAGCAGCGCGUAAAGCUCUGGAGCGCUGCACCGAGGGAGCACUGUUGCUGACCACAACACCCUGUCCUGCCAUUGUGGAACCUGCAGAACACUUUGAUGAUGAGGAUGGUCUUUCUGAAAAACUGCUCCAAAAGACUCCGAAGUACUAUAAGGAACGAGAACAGAAGCCACGUUUUGCUCAGCCUGGGACGUUUGAGUUUGAGUUCUCAUCUCGUUGGAAAGCUCUUGAUGAGAUGGAGAAACAGCAGAGGGACCAGGUGGACAGGAACAUUAAAGAGGCUAAAGAGAAACUGGAGGCCGAGCUGGAGUCAGCCAAGCAUGAACAUCAGCUCAUGUUAAUGAGACAAGACCUAAUGAGACGUCAGGAGGAGCUGAGGAGACUUGAGGAGCUUCGCAACCAAGAGCUACAGAGACGAAAGCAGAUAGAGAUGAGGCACGAGGAGGAGAGGAGGAGGAGGGAGGAGGAGCUGAUGAGGCACAGAGAGCAGGAGGACCUGAGACGCCAACCAGAUGGCUUCAAACCAAACUACAUGGAAAACAGAGAACAGGAAAUGAGAGUGGGUGAGCUGGGCCCUCGUGGAGCCAUUAAUAUGGGAGAUGGCUAUAACCAGGCCUCUGCGGGGCCCAGUGGUAACCAAGGUCAAAUGAUGGGCAUGAGUGGAAGGGGAGGACCCACUGGCCCAGAGGGAACAGCAAAAAUGGGGACACCAUUGAUGUCAGAGAAUGGAGCCAUGCGAAAUGAUAGAUACCCACAAGGCGGACCCAUGGUGGGGCGACCCGAUGCUGGCUCUCCAAAGCAGCAGCAGCCGCAGCAGCCAGCACCACUGGGCCCCCAGGCUGGACCAGCUCCAGGAUUUGGGAGGGGCAGUCCUGUGGGGGGAGUCUUUGAUGGACCAAAUAACAAGCGUCGUAGAUACUAACCUCUCUUGGUAUUCAUGGAUCUGUGUUAAUGAGCCCUAAUUAUUGUUUUUACAGUUUACAAGCCCGCUACCUUUCCUGGGCAUUUAUUUUGUAAUUGAUAAAAUUACAGAACAUGCUUUUUAUUUAAACUUGUCCUCAGUGUUUACUUUUUUGUAGAAUAUGAUUCUUCCCUCUGUGGUCCGAAUGAAGCGGGGGGUUUUCAUUGUGGAUCCAUAGUUCCAUAGCAUUUUAAAGGAUGCUUUUAAGGGUAGGCAGGUUUGCAGUCGUAAUGACUUCUAUUGUGUGAGAUAAACUUUUAAGUUGGUUUAAGGGAAUUUUAAAAUAAGGUUACAAAAACACAAAGUCAAAGUUCUCAAAAAAAUAGUGGUGUUAUUCCUGCAAUUUGACAGUCAGUACCAACAAAUGUUACAUCUCCAAAAAGUUGAUUCUGUUCAUCUGGACGUAGCGUUUUGUGGGAGAAACACUACGAGAAACAGCACAUCUGCAUCCACUGAAGGAACAGUGGUCUGUUCCUGACCUCCCAACCCAUUGUUCCUUCAGUGGGCUGGUUUCAGUCAUUAUGCAGAUGUACUGUUUAUAAGAUUGGGGAAACCUGCAGU